AUGAUUCCCUCUUUUACAGAAGUACCGGAAGUUUCAAUAGCUGGUGAACCAAUACCACCGGAAUCGGUUGAUUCUGCUCCUACUACUCCAGAGGCAACGCUGAUGCCUCCAACACAAUUGGUGGCACCAGUGGCACAGGUGACGACGGAAAAAUUGGUUGUACAUCAGCCAGAUCCGGCUUCAGCAGAACUCGUAGCGCCAACGUCACUAGAAGAGCAAGAAUCUGUCCUGAAACCUGCUCCAAUCGUGGCAUCGGCAUCCGUUCCCGUACCAGCUGUUGAUGUCGCACCAGUGCCAGCUCGAAUUGCUGCACGAACGCCAAUCGCACCUCCGGCAACAGAUGUGUCACCACCGGCUUAUCUGGAACCAGUAUCAGUCCUGGGAACGAAAUUGCCUGUACCACCAGCUCCAGUUGCAGAACUUGUAGCGGAACCGGUUAUGGCUCCGGUGGCGAUGGUUGCACCUCAACCCACACAUCACGUCAUGCUUUCAGAAGCAAUGGUGAGACAUAUUUACUUAUAA